AUGCCCCGCCAACAUUUCGUCGCUUCCAUUCUCUUCUUCCUCACCUCCCUAACAAAAGCCUCCUUUCCCAACCCCGAACCAAUCCGCGGCACGAUCCCAGGCUCAAUAAACAGCACCCUCGACCCAGGUCUCAUCCGUCGCAAAUCUGACGGAAAGCUCUUCUUGUACACAACCCCCAACGAUCUCACGGUCUUCACUGCAUCCUCCUUGUACGGCCCCUGGACGAAAGAACCCAACACAGCGCUCUACAACUAUGGCGAGGAAGAUCUCGGCCCAGGGAAUCAUGGAGCACCGUCUCUUCAUCAUCUCGAUGAUUUGUACUACCUCUUCUACAACGGGCAUGAUGGAAUUCACGCCCCGAACCACGACGGGCAGAUUGGCGUGGCGACCUCGUCGACGCUCGAGCCAGGGAGCUGGGACAUCUCAGCGGGAUAUUUGGAUAUCACCUGGAGUGCGUCGUACAACAUCCUCGACCCGACACUCUUGCCCAAGAACGACACCCGCGGACACCCAGACCACCUCCUAGGCUUCGGAUCUUAUCGAAAUGGGUCGUUUAACAUCCCCUUGGCGGAUAAUCUGCAGGAUAUACCAGCCCCUAGCGACACGGCCAACACGGCGUUCAACAGCACCGGCCGGCACGAUAUCGAGGGGUCUUAUCAAUUCUAUCAUAAUGGAUGGUAUUACCUUUUCUUCAGCAGUGGAGAUUGCUGUAAGAGAUCUGGAGAAGCCGAUCAGGAUCCUGAGGAUUGGGAGUGGUCACAGAAUCCUGGCGAUGUGUAUAAGGUGAUGGUAUGUCGGAGUGAGGAGCCGAGAGGGGGUUUUGUGGAUCGAGAGGGUAGGAGUUGUUUGGAGGCGAAUGGAGGGACCUUGGUGCUUGGGACGCAUGAUAAUGUUUGGGCGCCUGGGGGACAGGGUGUGUUGGCGGAUGAGGAGGUCGGUGGGGUGGUGUUGUAUUAUCAUUAUGUUGUGGCGGAUCGGAGGAACGACCAAGAUGUUCCAUAUCGAUUUGGCUGGAACAAGCUGGACUUCAGCAGUGGAUGGCCGGUUGCCAUCUCCGCAUGA